GCGGCGGACUGGCGGGCGGAGGGCAGGCGCUGGCAGCAGGUGGGCGGGGUGCGGGCGGCGGCGGCGGCGGCCGGGCCGGGUCAGGGUUUGCCGGCUGCGCUGAGGCCCGCACGGCGGCCGUGCGUGCGGGCGCGCCAUGGACUUCAACAUGAAGAAGCUGGCGUCGGACGCGGGCAUCUUCUUCACCCGGGCGGUGCAGUUCACGGAGGAGAAGUUCGGCCAGGCGGAGAAGACUGAGCUGGAUGCCCACUUUGAAAACCUCCUGGCGCGGGCAGACAGCACCAAGAACUGGACGGAGAGGAUCCUGAGGCAGACGGAGGUGCUGCUGCAGCCCAACCCCAGCGCCCGAGUGGAGGAGUUCCUGUACGAGAAGCUGGACAGGAAGGUCCCCUCGCGAGUCACCAACGGGGAGCUGCUGGCUCAGUACAUGGCAGAGGCAGCCAGCGAGCUGGGUCCCACCACUCCCUAUGGCACGACGCUGGUGAAGGUGUCGGAAGCGGAGAAGCGCCUGGGGGCUGCCGAGCGGGAUUUCAUCCACGCGGCCUCCGUCAGCUUCCUCACGCCACUGCGCAACUUCCUGGAAGGGGACUGGAAGACCAUCUCGAAGGAGCGGCGGCUCCUCCAAAACCGGCGCCUGGACUUGGAUGCGUGCAAGGCGCGGCUGAAGAAGGCCAAGGCCGCGGAAGCCAAGGCCUCGUGUGAGGGAGAUACGGUGCCUGACUUUCAGGAGACUAGACCUCGUAAUUACAUUCUCUCGGCCAGCGCCUCUGCGACUCUGGAUGACACUUCCCGUCCCCCUCCCUGGGCCGAGUGGAAGGAGAAACAUCCUGGAGGGUGGAGGCCGCCCUGUUUUUUUCUUUUGCCACUGACCCCCAGUGUGACUCAGGCCCGAGGCUGCCUUUCUCUGCCGGAGGACAGAAAGCUUUGGAAUGAUGAGGUGGAUAAGGCUGAACAGGAGCUGCGAGUGGCCCAGACAGAGUUUGACCGGCAGGCAGAAGUGACCCGUCUCCUGCUGGAGGGCAUCAGCAGCACCCAUGUGAACCACCUCCGCUGCCUGCACGAGUUCGUCAAGUCUCAGACGACUUACUAUGCGCAGUGCUACCGCCACAUGCUGGACUUACAGAAGCAGCUGGGCAGUGCCCAGGGUGCCAUAUUUCCAGGGACCUUUGUGGGCACUCCGGAGCCUGCCUCCCCACCCCUGAGCAGCACUUCACCUACCACCGCUGCGGCCACCAUGCCCGUGGUGCCUGCUGUGGCCAGCCUGGCCCCUCCGGGAGAGGCAGCACUCUGCCUGGAGGAAGUGGCCCCCUCCACCAGUGGGACCCGCAAGGCCCGGGUGCUCUACGACUACGAAGCAGCUGACAGCAGUGAACUGGCUCUACUGGCUGACGAGCUCAUCACCGUCUACAGCCUGCCUGGCAUGGACCCUGACUGGCUCAUUGGUGAGAGAGGCAACAAGAAGGGCAAGGUCCCUGUCACCUACUUGGAACUUCUCAGUUAAGCAGGCCCCCCGCAGGCUCUGCCCAGGGCACAGCCCUGCCACUUAUCUUGUCUGCUGGAGACACAGCUGCUCAGGGUGGAGAUGAAGCCCUUCUGCCUAUUCCCCGGGUCAUCCACCGUGAGGGAGCCCAGAGGCCGAAUGGCCCCAGGCUCCCUGCCAGCC